AUGACUACUAAGAAGGAACCCAGGGAUUAUUGGUUGCUGAAUUGGUAUGAUGUGAUAAUUAUAGAAAACAAAAGUAAACUCAUUUAUCCUGUUAAAGAAGGCAUCAGUUCUAUACAGUAUUACGUCACGGACUCAGAGUUAUUUCAUGUACUUUAUGAAGCUCAUUUGGUUAUUGGACACAGAGGACAUGAUAGAAUGUUGAGAGAAUUUUCAACCAAAUACAAAAACAUUACACGUCAUGAUAUUGAACUGUACAUCCACCUUUGUGAACCUUGCCAGAAAAAACAGAAAGGUAUUAAAAAGGGCAUUGUUGUGAAACCUAUGAUUUUUUCCGAAUUUAAUUCCCGUUGUCAAGUAGAUCUUAUUGACUUUCAGUCUCAGCCAGAUAGAGAAUACAAAUUUAUUAUGGUGUACCAAGAUCAUCUCACAAAAUUUGUGAUUCUUAAGUCUCUAACGUCGAAAAGAGCUGAAGAAGUAGCCUACAACCUAGUGGACAUAUUCUCGUUGCUUGGAGCGCCGUCUAUAUUACAGUCUGACAAUGGUAGGGAAUUUGCGAAUAAUGUGGUGACCAGCUUGAAGGAGUUUUGGCCAGCACUGAAGAUCGUCCAUGGGAAGCCUCGCCAUUCACAAAGCCAGG